UCUUGAAUUUGAUAAUUUUAGUAUAUCCUCCUGGGACCCAGCGUCCAUUUAAAUGGACAUGCAGUUUUAUACUUCCAGUUUCGUUAAUUUAAUAUUUACGCAGCGUAGACCUCGCAUCCACUACGUUGGACACUUCCGUGCUGCCGCCUAGUCCGAUUCGGCCGACUUUAGUCUCGCACCUGCGCCGUGAAUCAGUAAGUUUGUUUUCUGUUGUGAUGGCGGCUGCACGUGAUUCUCGUUUAGAUGGUAUGUAACCUAUUUUUUAACAUUAUGUGCUGAUUUAGGAGGAAAUAUAUAUUCGUUAAUGUUUAAUAGAUACAUUUAAACAGCUUUAUAAUAAUAAAAAUUUUAAAUAACUUUUGUACUAGCCUAAAUUAUUUGCGUCCAUUUAAAUGGACAUUGGGUCUAUCUCAUGAAUAUUUUUGAUUUAUUCGGAAAAUUUAUUUUAGCAAUUUUUGGCAAUAAACGAGUGCUUCGGCCAGGGGAAGAUGACGAAAAAUUGAAGCAAAUACUACAACUCAUUGCAAACGAUGAUUCUGACGUUGAAAUGUCUGAUGAUGAAAAUGAAAUUGAAAAUAUGGAUAAUUUAGUACAGAGAGAGGACGAAAUAAAUGAUGAAGACCUGGACAGAAUUCCUCUUAGUGUCCUUAGAGAAAAGUUAAGAACGGCCAAACAACUCCCAAUUCUUCGCAGCGACAGUUUUGGAGAAGGAAUGAUACUUUUACACCUCCAAAUUUUGAAGGUCCGUCUAGUGAAUGCAGCGCACAGCUUCGCGAUGGUUGGACUGCAAAAUCGUAUUUUGCCAUGUACUUAGAAGAUGACAUGUUCCAAAAAGUAUGUGAUUGAACAAAUGCAAGGUAUGUUGAACUUAAAGGAGUAUCCCUUAGAUUGACACUUAAUGAGAUUAAACAUUUCUUUGGGAUAAUUUGUUUAAUGUCCUGCCUAAAAUAUCCUAGAAUCAGAAUGUACUGGGCCAAACCCACGAGGGUUGCAGCUAUU